ACCAACUUGUUUUAUAAAUAGCUUUAAAAAGCAAAAAUGUUUUCUUUUUCUUUCAGUUCUGAAACCACCCUGCUAUGAACAGAGAGAAAGAAUCCAAAUUUUUCAGAUAGAUAUAUUUUCUUUUUUUCAUUUUGCAGUGAUUCAGAUAAGUGAUCAGAGAGAGAGUGAAAAGAUGGGCCCUCUAAAGCCUGAAACAGAAAUGAGUGGCACUGCACCAAAGACUAUACACUGUAUCCUAAUGCCAAUGUUAAUGUUAUUGUUUCUCUCUCUUUCCUUGUUUUAUUUGUUUGUGGUUUUUCUAUCUUUUUCUAUCUCUUUCAUUUCCAUCUAUGCAUAGGUUCUCACAGAUGGAAAAACAACUAGAAAUCCUGAAAAGAAGUUGUCAAAUGUUUGGAUUUUGGAAGAUUUAUGUAAAUUAUUUGAAGGGUGGUAACUGAUAGAUAGAAUUUAUCUGUCAUGCUGUGUCUAUUUUCUUUGAGAGCAAGAUAGAGAUGAAUGGUGUUGUGAAAGCACGUUGAAGUGCCAAGUACCACUUGUUAACUUUUCCUAAUUGUUUUCUCAAUGGAGAAUGAUGUGUAUAAUGCUCCAAUGAACAUUUCUGGCCAAAUUUCUAAUGUCAUUGAAGAUAUCACACAUCAUCUCACACAAAAGCCACUCAUUCAUUGCUAUUCAUUUGACCUUAAUAACCAAAACAACAUCAUAAAUGGUAUUCCAAUACUUUCAAGUGGAGAGCAAGAUCAACAUGAUGUAAGUAAUGGGCAUGUUGAUGCUGUUAGCUUCAUAAAUCAUGCUACUAUUGCUGAUUCUAGUUCAUUUGUUACAUCACACGGAAGAACUAUUGUAGGAGAUGCUUCAAAUCUCAUUGUUAAUAGUGAAUUUCAAAGGCCAAUUCAUUCUGUUUCAAUUCCUGCUAGAAUUGGUCUUCAAGAGAAUUUAGAAGCUUUAGGGACAUACAUGUUCAAUAAUUGGCAUGAUAACUCAAACUCAAACCCUUUGUGUUCAUCUUUUGGUGAUGGAAAUGGAUUCAUGCCGUCAUAUUCAUCGAUACCGAACAUUGAUCCGAAUGGAUGGCAAUCAUCUAAUGUUGCAAACUUAACAAAUCUUGCUUAUAGUUCCUCUAAUUGUAGCAAUGAGCUUUCACUAAGUCUUGCAACAUCUCCAACUUCAGGUCAGUGUUCUGAGAUUAGUUGCUCUGAUUUAACACAUAGCAUGAAUGGAACAACAAGAUCAGGUUUGGAACAACCCUCAUGCAGUAGUAUGGAACUUUCAAUGAGUUUAGGGUCUGAUAAACAUGUUAGAUUUUCGCCUGCCAUUUUAGGAUCAAGAUACCUUGCUGUGAUUCAAGAAAUACUUGUUCAAAUUGCAACAUAUUCAUUUGAAAAUCUUGAUGAGAUUAAUUAUUCGGCUUCUGGUGUUAGAGGACGGGGAAAUAAAUCAACUUCUUAUUCCACAACGAAGCGAAGGAUAGGAAUGAAUCACGACACGAGUUCUAUGUCAGAAGAAGCUUAUGCAGAUUCUUCAUUGCAAAGGCAUACUUCUGAAUCAAAGAAAUCUCAACUGCUGAUGCUUCUACAGCUGGUGGAUAAUCAAUAUAGUCAGUGUUUGGAUGAGAUUCACACUGUCGUAUCUGCAUUUCAUGCUGCUACUGAGCUUGAUCCACAAAUACAUGCGCAUUUCGCUGUCAAAACGGUUUCUCUCUUAUAUAAGGACUUGAGAGAGAGGAUUAGCAAUCAUAUUCUUGCCAUGGGAUCGAAUUUUAACAGCUCAUGGUCAGAAGAGGAUAAGGAACUGUCUGUUGAAACUUCAUUCAUUCAAAAGCAAUGGGCUCUCCAACAGCUGAAAAAGAAAGACCAGCUAUGGAGGCCUCAAAGGGGCUUGCCAGAAAGAUCUGUUUCGGUUCUACGCGAUUGGAUGUUUCAGAAUUUCCUCCAUCCGUAUCCUAAAGAUGCAGAGAAGCAUUUACUUGCAAUAAAAAGUGGAUUGACUAGAAGCCAGGUAUCCAACUGGUUUAUAAAUGCGCGUGUUCGGCUAUGGAAACCAUUGAUUGAGGAAAUGUAUGCUGAAAUGAAUAGAAGAAAAGUUUGUCGAAACGAAGGGGAAAAUGAGAGUAGUGAAAGAAGUAGGAUAAGCAUGAACAAUCAAAUGUUUAAUAUCAAUUGAAGAUGAAGAAAGUAACAUCAUAUGAAGCAUUAUCUUUUGGUUUUUAAUUUUGGUUCAUGUAAGAAACACAACCAGAAUUGUGCAUAAUGCUCUACUUAGUUGGGAAUUACUAUUAUAUGAGGAGUUAUAGUUCUCUUGAAAAACAUGUUCAUUAUCAAGACUCAGUUGACAAUAUAGAAUAUUAGUCAGCAGUACAAAAUUUAUAUAUUAUUUUGUUUUAGAGUAAUUGAAGGCAAGAGAAGUGAUACAAAUUCUGUUUUGGGGCCUCAGUUAAAAAUCAAAUUGACAGUGCUUGGGUCAAA